AAAGUUUUUAAAAUAUUUUUUCAUACUGCAACAAAGCCCUACGACAAUUCCGCAAAAUUUGAGAUUUAUAUAUUUCUGGAUAUUGUUCUGGAGCGUGAUUUACCCUGUGAUAAACAAAACGUCCUUAUUCGAAAGGGUAAUUAGUUUAUGGGACUGAACCACUACAAAUUCAAAUUCCCGCUCUCCCUCUAUCGGCCACCACCUGCAAUUGCACGUGCGAUCCCGCGCACAUGUGCAAGUUCUUCCCGUCCACGACAGUUACUGGCUCAAACAAAUCAGCAAAUCGUCUAACUUUAUUAUCAAACAUUUCACUUAGACCAUAUGCACUUAAUUAAGUCUGUCACGAAUACUCCACUGUCAACUACCUGCGAUAAAUCAGAUAAAAGUAAAUAAAUAGUACGACAUGGCAGGACCACCGAGGCAGAUGAUAUGUGGUCUGGACUACGGGACAGUCCCGGACAUUAACACUUGUUUAAGAGCAGCUUACGAUGCCAAUUACGUCUUCAUCAUGACGCCAAUGGUGCACCCCCAGUACGUCCAGGAAUUUAUCUCAGGGGUAGCAAAGAAUCGAGAGGGUGCCUUCACAAGGCCAGACCUCAUGCUGAAAAGCUCAGACUGGAAUCGUUUGAUCAUUGGAAAGCUCUCCCCCAGCAUCAACGUUGACUCGCCAAUUCCACACAUCCGAGCCAACAGUGAGGCCUCUCUGAGCCAAGAGCUGUCAUUCGCCGCUCACCUCGGGAUAAUGACAGUCACGUUUAAACUGAAUAGUUGUCUGAGCCAGAAUAUGAACUUAGCGAGAAUAAUUUAUGAUAAAAUGAUGUCACCUUCGACCCUGAAGUUUCUGGUUCAAGUCCCGAUGGAAAAUCCUUUGAAGGAAUGCCUAUCUCAUCGCACUGACGAGGAGGUUUCGUGUGAGAGCCCCUGGGAGUGGUGGAAUGGCUUCAGGAACGCCUGCGAUACUGACCGAAAACUGAGGGUGGCCCUUGUUGUCAGUUCAGACCUUCCUGACGAGGCCGAGAUCAACAGGUGGAUUGGAGAACCCGUCAGGGCUCUCAUUCUCCCCACCACCAUUUUCUUGAACAAUAAGAAGGGAUUCCCAGUGCUUUCCAAGGCUCACCAGAACCUCAUCCAGAGAUUCUGUGGUCUCAAUGUUCGGUUUAUCAUUACUGGAGCUAAUAGAGCUGAUAAACUCGCGUUCUAUCAAAACUAUUUAGAUCACUUGUGGAAGAGAGAGUACGCGGCUGAUGGGCCCCUCGAGCGCUUCUGUCGUGGCUACGAGGACUACCUGCAAGUGCCCCUGCAGCCCUUAAAGGACAACCUGGACUCAAGCACGUACGAAGUCUUCGAGGGAGAUCCAGUCAAGUACACCGAGUACCAAAAGGCCAUUUUCCAAGCAAUCGUCCACAAGAUGAAAUCAUCGAACAGAGAUACCUCACAAUCCCAAAACGACAAUUGCACAGACCUUGUAGUUGCCUCGGAUGAAUAUUCCAUAAGAAACAACAAGGAAUUGAUUAUAACAGUCGUUGGUGCUGGUCGAGGACCUCUGGUACGUGCAGCCCUGCAGGCAGCUGACCUGGCAAAAGCCAGAGUUCGUGUUUACGCAGUGGAGAAAAAUCCCAACGCCAUUGUGACUCUUCACGCCCUCAAGACAGAUGUCUUUGGGCCCAGGGUAACGAUCGUCGCCUGUGAUAUGAGGGACUGGAAGAGUCCAGAGAUGGCCGACAUACUUGUGUCUGAACUACUUGGCUCUUUCGGGGACAAUGAACUCUCGCCCGAGUGCCUGGACGGUGCUCAGAAUUUUCUCAAGGACGAUGGCAUCAGUAUCCCCCAGCGUUACACCUCCUACAUAGCGCCUGUACAGUCUGCCAAGCUUUAUCAGGGCCUCAAGGCCUUCUACGAUAAGGAAAAGGGUCCCCUAGCCAACUUUGAAACACCUCACGUUGUUUAUCUACAGAGUAAAUACGAUAUCGCACCUGUACAGCCUCUCUUCACGUUCUCACAUCCUAACAGAGACUUAAUUAUUGAUAAUUCGAGAUACGAUGUCAGGACGUUCAUGGUCCAACAGAAUUGUAUGCUGCAUGGCUUCUCUGGGUACUUUGAUGCUGUUCUAUUUGAUAAUGUCACGUUGAGCAUUGUCCCCGAUUCUCACAGCAAAGGAAUGCUAAGCUGGUUCCCCAUAUUCUUUCCCAUCAGGGAACCCAUUCAGUUGAAGGCUGGGGAUGAAAUUAAGGUGCACUUCUGGAGGAGGUGCACCUCCAAGAAUGUCUGGUAUGAGUGGACUCUGAGUAAACCUGUUCCUGUAGCCAUUCAUAAUCCUAAUGGGAGAUCUUCUACCAUUGAACUGUUUUGAUUGAUCAUCCCGUGGAUUAUUUUCUUUUCAUUUUUUCUGGUUGGACAUCGCAUUCCUGGGGAUUUUUGGGGAGUUUUCACAAUACGUUGGGCGUUGUUAAUAGCGAAUCGAGAGAAAGAUUCGCCUUUAAUGGUCUGCACUCAUGCGUGCGAGCAACUAUAGUUGGAAAUUGAUGAAUCAAUUCAGGCUUGUAAACUAGAACAGUUUGAGGAACGUUGGAAAACAUGAUGGCAAUGUUUAUUUAAUUAAUAAUUCAUUUGGAACAUUUUGUAAUGAGAACCCCACUCAGUUGAAGGUUGGGGAUGACACUUAAUUAAUUUUCAAAUUAUCUUCCACCAUUGAACUGUAUUUGAUCGAUGGACGUGGACUUUUUCUUUUCAUUGAAUUUUUUUCUGUUUGGGCAUUACCCUUUUUGGGGCCCACGAAGAAUUGUGACUGGAGUACGUAGAAUGAUACUUCUUUUAAUACAAUUAUAAUUUCAUACGUGAGAUGCAUUGUUUUGUUCUUACUGUGACAUGACCUGUGAUCGAUGACUACUUCAACUAAAACAAUUUGUUUUCUCUAAAUUUCCAUAGUUUAAGUGGAUAGGGCCAUUUUUGUCAUUACACAAAACAGGAGAAUGAAUUUCGGGAGCCACUGUCAUAUUCAAAAAUUGCUAUAUUUAAUUAUGCUUUUGUAAUAAACUUAUAUUGUAUCAAAGAGGACAAGAA